AAAGUAAUUUCUGCUCAUCCUCAUCUGGAGCGAACAUUCGUUUCGUGGUCUUCAAAAGAGCUUCACUGCUACUUUUGUCCUUUCAGUCUUCUGAUCACUUCUAUCCUUCGUUUCGUUAUUGAUAAUUUUACAAUUUUAAUUUCGUUUAGUUCGAUUCCCACCAGAUGCGUACCAACAUCGUCUCAUUGGCCUUUGGCCUCACACUUGCAACGUUGAGCUAUGCCCUUUCAUCCGACGAUGCUACUCUCCAUCCGUUCCUUUCCAAACGGGUUGUCAGCCCUGACAACACUUGCGGAGAUGUUUACGGUGGUGCCAACAACGGUUACACCUGCGAUGCUUCAGUGAACGCUGGAGGCUGUUGCUCACAGUAUGGUUACUGUGGAAUCUCAAUGCAUUACUGCUCUACUGGUUGCCAAUCUGAUUUCGGAAACUGCUCUGUCGCUUCAACUCAACCUACUGACGAUACCUUGACCUGCGGACCUUCGAAUGGCAAUCUACAAUGUGACAGCGAACUCCGCCGCAGGCAAGAAGGAGCGAUAGACAAGGUAGCUACAUCGUCCACACCAUCGCCAUCGAAGACAAGCAGCAAGGCUUCAGCAGCUUCGCAAACAUCUACCUCAAGUUGUGAGAUGGAGAAUGGCUCCUGGUGCGGGAGGACUAACACCUUCUCAAAUCAGCAAAGCUGCCAACAAGCAUAUGUGAACUGCUAUGGGCAGACCGUGAAGUGUAUGGGCGGAGGAUCCCAGAAUCUUGGUGUUUGCACGACGUGGACGCAAACAUGCUUCAAUCUGAAUGCUUACUGCCAAAACUGUAGCGAUGGAGAGGACUGCCAUAAUGCCGGUUUUGUAUCUUAAUUUUGAAAUAGGAUGGGAUCUUGGAAUGACAUUGGAUAGCCUGAUGUGCUAGCAUCAAAAUUGAAAUUACGGUACAUGGAUGACUCACGUG